ACAUUCCUAAAACUGACAGCUGAUUCAGAAACUGUUAGUUUCUGCUGUUGUGUGUGUAAAAUAAUGACUCUAGAGGGGAAAGUAUGAGCUUUAGCAUUCACCCUUUAGUUCACAGAUGGAUGCUAAAGGGAACUGUGUCCCGGGGCUGGAUGGGGCAUCCUCCUCCCCUGACACUGAACCCCUCAUAAAGGAUCCAAGACCCCCAGAGCUCAGUCUCGUCUCACAUAUGGACGUUCAGGGGUACAGAUGGGUGUGCUGGAAGGUGUGGUUGUGCCGAAUUGGGGCAGUAUUUUCUGUCGGCCUGCUGCUCGUGCUCUUCAAAUGGCGUCCUCGUAUUGGCAUACUGGCCCGAUGCAAGUCCUGUCCCAUUUCAAUGGCGGAUGUUUUAUUAUUAAAGGACAGAUAUGGACAGCAGUUUGUGGUGGAUGUGAUUACAGAGGAGGUUGAGGAAGGCAGUCUGGACUUUGCAGUAGGUGAUGCGGAUGAGAAUGAAUGGAGAGACACUGUGCAGCUACACAGUGAAAAGAAAACACUACUCAGAUACUAUGUGUUUGAGGGCAUGCGCUACAUAUGGAUCUCCAAGAAAGGAGCCUUUUGCAAAGCAAGUGUUCUCAGUGAAGGCUGGACCUGCGCUGACCUGCAUGGUCAACAGCAAGGACUGAGUCGAGCAGACCAGAGCACAAGGAAACAGAUUUUUGGGGCCAAUAUCAUUGACGUACCAGUCAAGUCUUACCUGCAGCUUCUCUUCGAAGAGGUGCUCAAUCCGUUCUACAUAUUUCAAGUGUUUAGUAUCAUCCUGUGGAUGUCAGAUGGAUAUGUCUAUUAUGCAGCUUGCAUCUUCAUCAUAUCUUUAAUUUCAAUUGGAGUGUCCCUUUAUGAAACGCGUAAGCAAAGCACCACUCUCCGCCGCAUGGCCUGUUUGAUAGUGAACGUUACUGUGCGCAGGGACACCGGAGAGGAGGAGUGUGUGAGCUCUGAAGAGCUUGUUCCAGGAGACUGUGUUGUAAUUCCAGCUGAGGGUUUGCUCUUGCCCUGUGAUGCUGCCCUGGUGGCCGGGGAGUGCAUGGUGAACGAAAGCAUGCUGACUGGUGAGAGCAUACCUGUGAUGAAGACGCCAUUGUCUAAUUCUGAGGCCACAUAUAAUCCGGAGUCUCAGCGCAGACACACUUUGUUUUGUGGCACACAGAUUAUCCAGGCUAAAGGAGGUGGUCCUGGAAAAGGGGCUAUUGCUGUCGUAACAUGCACAGGUUUUUUAACUGCCAAAGGAGACCUUAUUAGCUCUAUUCUCUACCCUCAGCCCUUAGACUUCCGCUUUUACCGAGAUGCCAUGAAGUUCCUUCUUUUUCUAGGACUUCUGGCUCUGAUCGGCACCAUUUACAGCCUUGUGAUUCUUUCAAAGAGCAAUACACCCUGGAAAGAACUAAUCAUCCGCUCUCUGGAUAUUGUGACAAUUAUAGUCCCACCUGCUCUUCCUGCUGCUAUAACUACAGCGACCAUCUACGCCCAGAAUCGGCUGAAGCGUCAGGGGGUUUUCUGCAUUAGCCCGCCUCGCAUUAACAUCUGUGGCAAGAUAUCACUUUUCUGCUUUGAUAAGACUGGCACUCUGACAGAGGAGGGUUUGGAUGUGUGGGGUGUGAUGGAAGUGACUGGCGGAGUGUUUGGAGAGCUGGUCCCUGACCCUUUGUUUCUCCAGCCUGGUCUGAUGCUGUCUGCUCUCGCCUCCUGCCAUUCUGUGGCUUUACUAGGCGGUCAAGCACUUGGAGACCCACUGGAGCUCAAAAUGAUUGAAUCUACUGGAUGGGAACUGACUGAGCCGGAGAAUGACAUGGGACAUGAUUCUGAAUUUGGGGGACACAGAGUGCUUGCAGUGAUGAGACCUCCUGCAUCUGAGCUCCUGACAGAAGGAAACUCUGUCAGUCAGCCAGUGGCAAUCGUGCGUCGGUUCCCUUUCUCCUCUUCUCUGCAGAGGAUGAGUGUGGUGACUGUAGGCCCAGCUGAACUUUCUCCUGUUGCUUUUAUUAAAGGAGCCCCAGAGAUGGUGGCCAGCUUCUGCCAUAAAGAAAGUGUGCCUUCUCAUUUUUCACAUACUCUCCGGGAGUAUGCCAGCCAGGGCUUCAGGGUCCUUGGACUUGCCUACAAGCACCUCGCUAAAGAGACUGAUCUGAGCACUGUUGAAAGGGUGGAGGUGGAAAAAGGCAUGAACUUCCUGGGUCUGUUGGUGAUGAAGAACCAAGUGAAGCCAGAAAGUGCUGAAGUCAUUCAAACUUUAACUCUGGCACAGUUACGGCCUGUGAUGGUUACAGGUGACAAUAUUCUCACUGCUGUGAACGUAGCACGUGUCUGUGGAAUGGUGCCAUCACAUGAGAAGGUUAUUUUCGUUCAUGCAUCGCCCCCUACUGCUGGUUCACAGGCCUCGCUGCAGUUUCAUGAGGGAGAGGGAGCCACAGCCACCAUUAAUACUCAACAGACCAUUGACAUUCCAGUGCAGGGUCAGUACCAGAGCGCUGUUGGCUAUCAUCUGGCUAUAAAUGGGAUGUCCUUUGCAGCACUUUGUGAUCAUUUCCCUGAAUAUCUACCCAAGGUUUUGAUGAGGGGGACAAUUUACGCCCGAAUGACCCCUGAACAGAAAACCCAGCUGGUUAAAGCUCUACAGAAACUCAAUUACAGGGUGGGCAUGUGUGGCGACGGAGCCAAUGACUGUGGAGCUCUGCGGGCUGCAGAUGUGGGAGUGUCCUUGUCUGAGGCUGAGGCGUCUGUUGCGUCUCCCUUCACAUCCAAAUCUGACAACAUCAGCUGCGUGCCUUUACUCAUCAAGGAGGGCAGGUGUUCACUGGUGACGUCAUUCAGCCUCUUCAAGUACAUGGCCUUAUACAGUCUCAUCCAGUUUGCCUCUGUACUGAUUCUCUACACGGAGAAAACCAACCUGGGUGACCUGCAGUUUCUGUUCUUUGAUUUGGUGUUGGUGACGGCGUUGGCUAUCCUGAUGGGGCGAGGAGGACCCAGUAAUGAUCUUCACCCUCAGCGUCCUGCUGCCAGUCUGCUGUCUCUGCCAGUCCUGGCCAGUUUACUGAUGCACACCGUACUGCUGAUCCUGGCUCAGGUCUCUGGCCUGCUUAUUACUAUGUCACAAGACUGGUAUGUGCCACUAAAUUCCACCAGGACAGGUGCUGCAAACCUGCCCAACAUGGAGGACACAAGUGUAUUUGCUGUAUCUGGCUUUCAGUAUAUCAUCAUGUCUGUCGUAAUAACUAAAGGAUUUCCAUACAAAAAGCCGCUUUAUCACAAUGUAUUGUUCGUAUGUGCUCUGGUCUUCCUCUUUGCUCUCAUGAGUUGGCUAGUGCUUUUCCGUCACACCAUCAUCCACCGUGUGCUGUCGCUCUAUGACAUCACUGACAUGAGUUACAAACUCCUGCUAGUAGCCAUCGCUGCGCUAAACUUCUUCAUAUGCUUCUUACUCGAGUUUUUCAUUGACCAAGGUGCCCUGAACUGCCUUCGAAACCUCAGAGGAAAACGCGAGUCCAAAAAGCAGUACAAGCGUCUGAACGUCCAGCUUACAGAAACACCGUCAUGGCCGCCGCUGAACCAGCCUUUGUUCCCUUCACAGAGCUCCGUCAUCAGCAUUAGCUAACCCCGGCCUCCACUUUAGCAUUUGGGGCUCUCCUGAUACACAUUUCCAGGGUCGCCAAAGAUCUGAUACCACGUCUCAGUGCCGUAGUGAGGUAUGAGUACCAGAUGCCAUACUUGUCUGCCUAUUAUAUAUGGCGCAAAACUUCUGAUGCAGAAACAAGAGUGAGGUAAAGAUCACUUUUGGAGAUCGUGUUUCUUAUUUUAAUGAAUAAAAACUUUUGAGUAUUUUUUUUUUUUUUUUGGUGUACUGAUUUAAUUUAGAAGAGCACUGGAAAGAGAUUGCUUGAGGAUUAUGCAAUUUAUAUAUGCAAGUGAUCGCUAGGGCUGCGCGAUUCAGGGAAAAUAUCUAAUUCCAAUUUUAAAAAAUAAAUUACAUUUUUUUUAUUAUAAAUUUUUUUAUUUAUUUUUUAUUGCAGUUUCGAUUUGAUUUACGAUUAAAUCUUGUAGUUGAGCUUUAGCUAAAUAUUCUGUUGCUUCUUACUGCUAAAAUGCAGCGUGUGUUAGCUAAAAAAACAAACUGAAAAGAUAUUAACUUACUCCAACUUCUUUUCGAAUUAGUUUUUAAACAUUCAGAAAUUAAACGCUCAUUUUUCUGUAGAGCAAAGGUGGUGAGUUAUGGCCUUAGUUAUCUCCUGGUGGCUUCGUGUUGUUUUAACAGCCGCAAACAACUCUGAAAUUGUACUUUGCUGUUGCUAGCUACUAUACUGUGUGUCACUGGCAAUACGUUUAGUUGACUUUUUAGCAAGACACUACUCAGAUAGCUGUGGUGCUUUUUUGGGUGCUGGUUGUUGUAUUUCCUCAUGCUGUGGCAACAAUUCUGCAAUAGCUCUAUCAAAUAACCAGUUUUUGUUUGAUUUCUGAGACUUUGAAAGCAAAAUAUUUCCAUGUUACCGACGUGCUGUUUUUCUUGGAUUUCACUUGUUCAGGCUUUCCUGUUUGUUUUAUUGUGGACGUUUCGCAUAGUUCAGUCACACAAUUCUGAUUGGGCUUAACAAAAGUGUGCUCAGCUGCUCACUCAAUUGGAUAGUAAGACUGUCACACACAGACGACAGUUACACAUUUACUCUGGAUGGAGAAAAUUAUAUAAUACAUAUAUAUAUUUCAUAUCAUAGCCUCUUGCAAUUAGCUAAUUGCAACGUUUUAAAUUGCAAUUGUGAUUCGAUUUCGAUUAAUCGCCCUAGUGAUCGGUUCAUACCUAAAAAAAUGUAAAGUCUUGAGAAGUAAACAAAAGAGUUUAAAAUGCUGAACACUUUGUUUAACAUAUUAAAAAAAUUGUUGAGUACAUGCUAUUUAAAGGGAUAGUUCAACCCCUCAAAAAUAAAAAUUCUGUCGGCAA